GUUCCUAUGCGUUGCAACAAAUGUUGCUUGUGAAAACUGCUAAGAGCAUGGACAAUCAGCAUAAAAGAAUGUUGAAAAAAAUAAUCGGACGCAUCAGAAAGCAGAGAUCGGAGACGAAAAGGCUAAGGAAGGAACAAGAGAAGAUCAAAGAGGGUCAAAAGCAACGCAUCAGAAACCAGAGAUCGGAGAUGAAAAGGCUAAGGAAGGAACAAGAGAAGAUCAAAGAGGGACAAAAGCAAGUAAGGGAAAAAAUUGAAGUCAUUGAAGCAAUAAGUGAGCUAGUUGAAGUCGAUUUCACUUUUGCUCUCGGGCAAGUGAAACCAAGAGAGAACCUACAAAGGUGUGUUUCCUCUGUGGGUUCAUGUACCCAUCCUUUGUGAUGGGCAGAAAGACAAGAGGGGCAAAGACAAGUAAGAGCGGAGACAAGACUCAUAAUCCAACAUGCCAAGGCAGCCAAGCUCUGCAAGCUCGGUCUGUGGCUGAGGGUUCUGAAACAUCCUAAGCGAAAAUUCUCAUGGAGGUCUUCGAACCGUCGGAUGAAUUUUCAGGAAAUAAAUAUUCGCAAUCCUCUUUUUUAUUUACGUGUGAUUAGGGAAAUAGGGGGAUUGGGUAAUUGCAAGGGAUCUGCUUUAGGCUAUUUUCUUUGCAUUAUCUGAAGCUACUGUAUUCGGUGUAUUUGCUAAGCCUUAUGUAAUAUUGUGUUCUAUUUGUAAUUUGAGGUCGUUCUUCAAUUGGUUGGUUCUUUCUUUCUAGAAAGAAUCUACUAUGAAGAAGGUUUUUAAUGAGUUCAGUUUUUAUAAAAAAAAAUAGUAUUUAGUGGG